AUCCACGCGGGAUACCCCACUCGCUGGAAGGUAGGUAGAUAGAGCAUGGCUGAGAGCUUACCACCCGGCUCCGUGUACGCGCUCACGCAAACGGACUUCGUCUUGCUCGUCCUCUCCGCGAUCUUGUUUCUGUACAUCAUCCCAAGGAAGAUAUGGCGAUGGAUGGUUCGUCGUAAGAAAAAGACGGAAUAAAGCGGUGCUCCUUCGUUCAUCAGGCUGUCGGGUAGUGGAAAAAAAACAACGAGAUGGUGACGACGCCACCGACAGCUCGGGCGAGCGGCCGUAUACACGUCGACGUCGAGGCCGCGAAUGUCGAGAAACGUCUCGCUCCGGUGUUUGAAUACCUGAACCGCUACCUCCCAUCCAGCGACGACGACGGAAACGGGGAAAUUGGAGACGCACUGCACGCUGCGGUCAAGGACGCGAUCGAUGCCGCGCGAGGAGGUUUACGCGACGCGCGUUCUCUCGUGUUCAGUGCGCUUUUCUUCGCAUGGGUCGCGUCCACGCCCAUCGUUGCGCCUCGUGAUCCAUUCCUCGCGACGAGCAAGUGGAAACUUCCCACGGGUUUGUUCGUCUUGCUGGUGAAAAAGUCUGGACUUGAACAGAACCUGCGAGCGAAGCUACGCGACGAUGUCCCACCGCACGUGUCGAAGUACCUCGACGCUGAACUCCAGGGGUAUGAUAUUGAAUUCAUUCACGAGAGCGAAGGAUCUAAGAAGCUCGACGAGAAUACCGUAGAAGAAAGUAAACCGAUGAGUCCUCGUCCUCUGAAAGUCGCCGCUGAGUCCGACGAAGGAGAAGCGGCGUCGCCUUGUGGACGGUGCUUUGCAGUUGUGAACGAGUGGCUCCUCCUAAACGAGUUUGCCACCGGUGACAGAAUCUCCUCCGCGGUGGAGAGUAUCAAGCGAAUAGUUCGAGAAUAUGGUGGAGAAGGUCGUCUCACGGCCUCUAUGCUUUUGAGCUCGAAUGCGUUUCACUCCGCCAGGCGAGCUAUAUCCCGGUCGGAUGUAUCUCGUGAGAAACACUUGAAAGUCGAGCAAGAGUUGAUCGCAAUAUUGAACAGAAUCACGACACGGCGAGACGGAGGUCGGUCUGAGAAGACUGAACAUCGAAGCGAUGAUGGGCUAGCGCUGGCGAUCGACUUGCUGAGUCCACUGCUAAGGGAGCCAGAGAUGACCUUAAGUCGGCUCGUGCACACUGCCGCAGUGCACUCUUCUCAAGCUCCGUUUUUGGUAUCCGCGUUUACUGCGCUGCCGGGUCUCGCGAUGCUCAAACUUGAACCAACUCAUGCACCUUUCAUCUUAGAAGUUCUUGUACGAGUGCUUCGUAAUUCGCCGUUAGAGCUCAGGGGUUUCAAUCAACUCGCGGGGAUCAAAAAUCUAACGGUGGCGUUGUUCGGCGAACACGCGAAGGAAGAGGAGAGCCUGGGUUUUUUCGGGCAUCGUUUCUUGGCCCCUCGACGUUCGAUUCUUGAUCCUCGUGAAACGUUGCUGAUGGUUUUGUUUCCAAUUUUGGUCGCCGGAGGUAGUACAUCGCCGUCGAGUAAUAUCGAUGAAGGAGAAGUCGGAGCAAGCGGUUCAGAGGGCGAAAUGUGUGCUUUGCAGAUUCUUCGUGCACUCCUUGUUGGAGACGACGCGAGCGGUGCUACGGAUGUCGAUCCCCCGCUCUCGUCGAGUGGACUCAAGUUGCUUGAAAGUACGUUUCCUGGGGCUGUUCUCCUCUCUUUAGGUUCAUACGUUGACUCAAGGGGUG